UGACUCAGUUGCUUCGCGCAGACGGUGCUGCCAACACAAAAAAGGGCGGGCAUUUUCUUUUUUUUAAUUCUCCGCACUCGUAAGGUGUCGUGAAGAUGAAAUACUUGGUAGUAUUCGCUGUUGUUGCGUUGGCUUUUGCUGCUGAAGAGGCCAAAGAAGAGGAAAGGCCGAAAACCUUCAGGAGGUUAAUCCCAGCUGAUGUUUUGAGAGACUUCCCCGGCAUGUGCUUCGCGUCCACGCGGUGCGCGACGGUGGAGCCUGGCAACACCUGGGACCUGGCCCCGUUCUGUGGGCGCAGCACCUGCGUCGUCAGCGAAGACCAGCCGCCGAGGCUGCUGGAGCUGGUCGAAGACUGCGGGCCCCUGCCGCUGGCCAACCCUAAGUGCAAACUUGACACAGACAAAACCAACAAGACCGCGCCUUUCCCUGGCUGCUGUCCGAUCUUCACAUGCGAAGAUGGUGCCAAGUUAGAGUACCCCGAGCUCCCUACUCCUCCCCCAGAAGAGGAAAAGAAAGAGGAAGAAAAGAAGGCAAAGGAAUAAAUACAACACUAAGAAAAAAAAAAGAUUUCCGCAGUCACUGGCGAUUAAAAAAUAAAAUUAGAAAAAAGAACGCGCAAAUGUCAAAUUGAACAAAAAAGGCGCGCUCUUUUUUUGAACUGCGGCAUGUUUGGUCUCAAAACGUAGCGAAAUAGUGUUUUUUUUUUUAAUAUGAAAUCAUUACAGAACUUUCUACACUCAAAUACAAUACAAUGAAUGAAUUUCAUCCGAAACUUC